AUGAUAGAUAUCAAAGAGAAGGAAGAUACAACGGUCUACGAGUACGACACUUCACUGGGCAGCCAGGAUGUUGCCUUGCAGUUUCUAAAGGAGAAUGAUCUGAGUUCUCUCGAUGCUGACAGUACCGCUACAAAUAGUGAUACGCUCUUCUAUGGGUCAUAUAAGCUACCUCGUAGGACGAUGCGCAAAAUUGAUUUCAUUAUUUUACCAUUUUUAUGUUUCACGUACUUAUUCAUGUUUCUCGACAAGGCUCUACUGAAUUACUCGGCUUCUAUGGGUAUUAAGACGAACUUGAAGGGCAAUGAGUUUUCUAAUUUAAGCACAAUAUUCAGUGCAUCAUAUAUCUUCAUGGAACCUGUAGUAACUUAUCUAAUUCAGGUAUUCCCGAUUUCUAAAGUGUUGAGUUUAUUCGUCAUAUGCUGGGGUACUACUUUGGCGUGCCACUCUGCCUGUAAGACCUACGCUUCAUUGAUGAUUGUUAGAACUUUACUAGGUUUAUUCGAAUCUGCAAGUGCCGUCUGUUGCAUUGCUAUAAGUGGUAUGUACUAUACUAAAUCGGAGCAAAGCUCGAGAAUCGGGUUUUGGGCAACACAAGCUGGUAUGGGGUACAUUGUCGGUGGUCUAAUUUCCUUUGGAUUUCUUCACUACAAUGGUGAAAAAUUUACUUCAUGGCAGAUUAUGUUCUUAGUUGUCGGUGUAGUAACAGUUGCAUUUGGAGUGCUAACGUAUUUUUUUCUACCUGAUAACGUUACAAAUGCAUGGUUCUUGAGUAAAGAGGAAAAGUUACAAGUCAUUGAACAUAUUAGAAGUAACCAGACUGGUUUAGAAACUAAAAAAUUUAAAAAAUACCAAGUGAAAGAAUUAUUUUUGAAAGACAAAUUAACUUGGCCAAUGUUAUUUAUUACCGCAGCUUCUCAAAUCAGUACUGGUGCCAUUGGUACUUUUUCAACGACAAUUACAGCUACUUUCGGAUUCGAUAAUUAUGAAAGUGCUCUUCUACAAUUACCGAUAGGUGCGAUUGUCGCAAUUAUUAUUAUAGUCACAACUCAAAUGAUUUCUCGCUGGGGCCACUUCACUCUAAUAACAACCUCAAUGUAUAUUCCUACAAUAAUUGGUUGUAUUGUAAUGAUAUCGAUGUCUUUGGAUCAUAAAAUCGCCAAUCUGUUCUCAUUGUACUUACUAUACAGUGGUUCCUGUGUAAUCACUAACAUUUACAUCUGGAAUUCAUGCAAUACUUCCGGUUAUACCAAAAGAAUUUUCAGAAAUGCCGCUACAAUGAUUGUUUAUAAUGUCUCAUGUAUUCUUGGUCCGCAAAUGUUCAGGGCCAAUUCUUAUCCAAGAUAUAUGCCAGCUAAAAUAGCACUAUUGGUAACACAAUGUGUCUGUGUUCCUUUACAACUCUAUGUUGGAUAUUUGUCGAAGAAAGAAAAUGAAAAAAGGGACGCUGAAAGAGACGAUUUAGAUAAAGAACAAGAAACGAAGUAUCAAUUCUCAGAUGUUACUGACAUCGAAAAUAGGAACUUCAGGUAUAUUUUAUGA